AUGACUAGUGCAGCAUUCAGUUUCUCUCAAGAGGUAAUUGGAGAGAUGGAUACCGGUGGCCAUGGUGGUACGCUCAUCUUUAGCGGUGCGACAGCUGCAAUGAGGGGGAGUGCCAAUCAAUCCCUUGCGAGGGAGUUCCAACCCAAAGGAAUACAUGUGGCCCAUGCCAUAAUCGACGGUCAGAUCGAGACCGAGCGCGUUAAAAGCAUGAUGGGAGGUGGGGCGAAUCCAGGAGAACGUCUCAAACCAGAGGAUAUUGCGAGUCCUCCUUCUGCUUGGACACAGGAACUCGAUUUGCG